CCGUCACGACUGUCACCUCGAGCUCGGCAAUAACAAUUGAACAACAACAAAGGAUAAAGGAUUAGAAUUUCACCGCUGCCACAUACUGGCACAUGUCACUUCGAAGUUCACCCUAAAUAUUGCCAUUCUUACAAAGCCAGGCCCAUGGUUUCCUGCUAGACACGAUGGCUUCAGCAAGUGGUCUGCGACAACCGAAAGAAACGAACAAAGGCAAAAAUGGGUUUCGCGACAGACACAUCCCUCUCCAUUCUACUAACCCAGACGACUUGGCCAUUAGCAGGCAUCACUUUGCUCAGUACGUCCUUGCAUCCAAGGGGUCUUAUAAUGGUCCUCCGUUGAAAGAACUCAAAGCCACUCCAAGCGAAGCCCCGAAAGAGACGCUAGCAAUUGUCGACGAUAAGAUAAAGGAGCUGAGGAGGCAGCAUCAAGAAGAUAUCGAGCUACUUACCGCAUUCCAGGCUGCAGAAUACCGCCAAGAGGUCCUUAGCAGGUAUAGCUGCAUCGAUGAUUCAAUGAUGGGAGCGGAUGCGGAGGACCUAGUCCAAGUUGAUUAUCUCGCUGCCCUCAAUGAGCUGUACAACGAUGCACGGCCUAUGAAGCGCUUCCAGCACGAUAUGGACGAUGCGUUGUCUCAGAUCCGCUACAACUACCUCAAAUCCCUCUUCCCGCUCCUCAUUCAGCGUCGCCAUUUGAAAUUGCAAGAAAAAACCACUCGGAGACAGCGCGAAGCGCAGUUCCCGCAGAGUAUCGAAGAGUAUCACAAUAUCCCGGACCGCGACGUUCAGCUACGAAUCGCGAGGUUCCUCACGCGUUCGACUUCUGAGAGGGAUAGGAUGAUGGAUGAAUAUGGAUGGGCAUGGAGAGCGGUUGAAUCGCUGUUCUUAGCAUUCAAGGCGAAUGUAAGCUAUAUUUCAAAGUGCAAGAGCGCUGACGUUAAUGUCAAUCUACAGGAAGGGUUCAAGAACGAGAUAUUGGAGUCAGUCAAAGAUGCGCAAGCUUUGGAUCCUCGGCGUCGGCCAACAGCGACCCCUGGAUGGCAGCUGUAACUUCCAUAUCUUUGCAUUAUCUUCGUAUCACAAUUGAGAUGAGAUUGCUUUAUGUCCAUAUGUCUGAUCCACUCAAUAAAAGUGUUCUUCUCGCUGAGAU